AUGAAGGUGGUGGUCACGACUCGUAGCGGCAGAGAACUCAUAAAGGGUGGCCUUGAGCUCAGUGAUUCUGCUACUGUGGCUGAUCUGCAGGAAGCAAUUCACAAACGAUCCAAGAAGUAUUAUCCCUCUAGACAGCGAUUGACCCUGCCUAUUCCACCGGGAUCAAAAGAGAAGCCUACCGUCCUUCACUACAAGAAGAGUCUCAAGGAAUACACCGAUGGGAAUGAAGACACGUUGACCGUGGUUUUCAAGGAUCUAGGUCCCCAAGUCAAGUAUAGCACCCUUUUCUUCUGGGAAUACUUGGGUCCUUUGAUCCUCUAUCCUAUCUUCUAUUACUUCCCUGUGUACCAGUUUUUUGGCUACAAAAAGGAGCGCGUCAUCCACCCAGUCCAGACUUAUGCCUUGUAUUACUGGUGUUUCCACUACUUCAAACGUAUAAUGGAAACCUUUUUCGUGCACCGUUUCAGCCAUGCUACGUCACCCCUUUCCAAUGUCUUUCGGAACUGUGCUUAUUACUGGAGCUUUGGUGCUUUUAUUGCUUAUUAUGUCAACCACCCACAUUACACACCAGUCAAUGAUCUUCAAAUGAAGAUUGGGUUUGGGUUUGGGUUGCUUUGUCAAAUUGCAAAUUUCUAUUGCCAUAUCUUGUUGAGAAAUCUCCGGGGUGCCGAUAGUGGUGGAGGGUAUCAAAUCCCACGUGGCUUUUUAUUCAACAUUGUCACAUGUGCAAAUUACACAACCGAGAUUUAUCAGUGGCUAGGCUUCAACAUUGCUACACAGACCGUAGCAGGCUAUAUCUUUAUGGUUGUUGCUGCCUCCAUAAUGACAAACUGGGCUCUUGCAAAGCACCGUCGAUUAAAGAAGCUAUUUGAUGGAAAGGAGGGAAGACCAAGAUAUCCCCGACGAUGGGUAAUACUGCCCCCAUUCCUUUUUCCUUUUCAUUUAUAUUUUCUUUUAUACAUCUCUUCAUUCAUUUACCAAUCCAGUCAGGAAGUAGUAUAA